AACCUCUGGACAUCCACCUGCGAGGACGGAGGUAUUCGACCUCACUCGACAUCCGGUGCAGUGACAUGAACGGUGCUUGAGAGAGAGAGAGAGAGAGAGGGAAAGAACGAGAGACUCGUGUGCUCCAAUUUUCAUAUUUCUCUUUUUGAUAUUUUUUUUUUUUUUUAUACUUACCCGAUAUUUCUCGCGAGGACAUUCCGGUUGAUUUUAAUGUAACGUGGAGGUCGCCGAGGACGGGCCGAGAAAGGACUUGUAACGCAGUCUGAAACAAAUGCUCCUCACGAUGUCCAGGUAUCUCGGUCUGAUACUUAUUAUCACGGCGUUUACGCAUGCAUAUGAUGCCAAGAAAUGCGAGGGCAACGGCCUGGGUCUCAAAUAUGUUUGGGGCGAUGCACUCACCGAUCCAAAUGACUGUAUAGGACCAAAUAAUAUGCAAUAUCCCUCAACCGCGAUAUCGAGGAGCUUCAAGAAUCUGUGGACUGGCAGUAGUCGAACCGCGCGAUCGCAUCAGCCACGGACGAUUGAUCCCGAACGGACAAGGCAGGCGCUUUUGUACAACUACAAAGUGGCUCACGGAGACUACUCCAUCGCUGGAAACUCCCGGAACGGCCGUGCGGUUUCCGCGAAGGAAAGUUGCGGUUCGCCCGCCAGACUCUGCAAAACGAGGUACAACACCACGGCGCCUAUGUACGGUAUCAGCCUCACUAGCGGACAACCGGUAACGAUCGUUCAGAAAUUCCCUGAUCUCUUGCAACAGGUUGUCUUCGAAGUCUGCGAAUCGAAGGAAUGCGACGUGGUUCACGGCGAAUGCACGCAGACCUACGUACCGUACCUGUUUCUGGUGAUUCCUCUGGGUCCAGUGACCUUGACCGGCCAGGAUUACGUGCUAGUAGAAAGCGGUUGCGUUUGCAAGCCAAGAAAUACGGCGAGUUCGUCUAGCGACACGCCACCGGCCGUACCGAGCUUCUAAUCUUCAUCGAAUGUCAUAAGUGUCACAAGCAUCUUGGACUGUCUCUUCGCCGAAACGAGGGGAUUCGCUAUAAACAAUUCGCAUCUUGCCAAAAUGGUAUAGAGCGAUUUCGAGCGCCAAGAUCCUCGAAUAGUUCGGCAAUCUCAUCGAUGCGACGCUAGAUUUAUUCACAACUUUGAAAUUUUGCAGAUAAUUAAGAGCCAGUUCUUAACUAGCUAGAUUUAUUUCUUGAGAGAAAUCUGAUAAAUCUAUGACUGCACGAAAUGAAUUCCGUCCCAAACAAAAUAAAUCUGUCUCCUUUUUUUACGGAAAGACCCCGCUUCGUAGUUAUAAAUUUUGUGAUCCUUUUUCUUCAAUCGAUCAUCAACUUUAAUCGAAAAUUUUAUAAUAUUUCUUUAUAAAUACAAGCUGUUUUUUAUAUUAUAUUCUUUCAAUCUGAAAGAUUUAUGAAAAUGCAUAAUUUUGGAAGUCAAAUAUUUUGUACAGUUAAAAUCAUAAGAUAGAAAGAUUAAUAACGAGUUAAUUUUAGAACGAAACUAACACAAUGAAGAUUUCUUAAAAGAAAUACUUCUAGUGAAUGAACCACUCUUCGUCUUAGUGUCUUUGCGUUGUAUUGCAUUUAUGACAUUGCAUUUCAAUUGAUGAGACCUAAACGAAUUAUUUAUAAUGUGCGAUAAGAUAAUCUAUCAUCUGACGCGAACUACAGAAUAUUGCCGCAGUUGAUGGAUUUCAUCGAUGAUAAAUUUCUAUAAAUUUAUAUAACAUCUCUUCAAGACUUUCGACUAUUUUUCUGGACUAAUAAUCGAUGAAUAAGUCUAUUCUCUCGUUAAAUACUCAAACCGUAUUUAUUCUUCACACAUACACACACACACAUGCAUUUUAUACUUUGCUCUUUUAUGUAAAUGUCUUUUUUGCUAUAAAAAUACGAAAUAAAGCAGCGAAUAAUGCCAUAAAAAUUUAAUAUUAGAUAUUUUACACAUCUAUAUAUAAAGAAUAGAAAAACUAUCAUUAAUACCUUUAAACGUUUUUUAUUAUAAAUUAAAUCCGUUUAAAACAAUUUUAAAGAAAUUGUCUGAAGAAAAAUUAAUAUUUAAAUUUAAUAAAUUUAAAUUUGUAAAUAAACUUAUUUUAGAGAAAAGAUAAAAUGCGUUGCUUAUUGAAACAAUUCAAAGCAAGAAUAAGAUCAAAUCUAUAUGCAGGAUCCACUUUAAAUUUUAUAUUUAAGUAAAUCUCAUAAAUGAUGAAAAAUUAUUCUACUCUUGUUAUAAACCAUUCAACUGUGAUAAUGUCUCGAUACGAUAAUGAUCGAUACAGAAAACACGAUAAUUUUAACAAUCGAUUCAGUACAAAAUGUCCUUAUCCGCUCUGGAUAGUUGAAGUACAAAUACGGUUUGAGCCAGCAUCCUCCUUGUUUUCAUCCUUCUCUCUUUCUCGUGCCAAAAACCUCGGGGGGCACUUAUUCCGUCGGCAAAUGAAAAAGCAAAUCGGGACAGUGGACGACCGCGGCGUUUCGCGGAAUCCGGUCUCGGAAUUCGAUUGAGUUCACUAGACUCGCCGCCUCCCCGAGCCGGUUUCGAGCAGGUGCAAAUAGCGCGUUUAAAAUGAGCUCGGGUAUCUGGUGACGGGAGGAGCGUCGUUCACCGGCUCGCUUAAGCGCUUUACGUCGUCGUAAAGUUACAUCACGCGUGUUAUUAUAUCGUAAUAAGAUGAACGCGUUUUGCAGAAUUGCUUGAGGAUUGUGAAUCGCUAUCCGAACGGGCGAUCGUCGUUAUGUAAUUUAUUUUUACGACGCAUCUCACACUUGUAGAAUAAUCCUGUUCGACUGAUUUUUUGUACCGUUCGAGGAUAUCUGAUGGACGGCGGAACCCGGACAUCUUACUAUAAAUCGCACAAAAAAGACAACAGCGGCGAGAUUUAAUUCUAAUGAAAAGCAUGUGAUGUUUCCUCUGCGAUUAUUUAAUCCGGAAUAUAUGACGUAAUUUAUUGCUCAUCGACGUUAAGUAUCUUUCCAUCAAAAUAUGUAAAUUUGUUUAACGUGAAGGAUAUAAUCAAUAUAAAAUUCUGUAUUAUUUAUCUUCUGUUAUUUAUCUAUAAUUUAAGUAAUUUUCAACAAUAAAUAAAUCACUUAUUAAAAUCUAUAUUAAAUUAUCACUAUAAUUAAAACACGCACAAAUCUAAUUAAAUCAAAUACUUGUGUUUUUCAUGUAAAUAGCAACUGUAACAAUAUCGGUAAGCGUUUUCCGGGAGUGUGUCAAUACAACCGCCGAGACGAUAUCGACUUUAACCUGCUGACCUAGAGAGAGAGAGAGAGAAAGAUAGAGAGAGAAAGAGAGAAAGAAAGAGAGGGUCAAGAUCAUCAGGACGAUGCACGGGGGCAAAAGCGGGCGUACUACUUCCUGUUUAUAGAUUGCAUCGCGACUCGAGUCUGCCCCUAAAACACGAUGGACGGCGCAUUGCCCUGCUUGCGCGCGCUUUUACAAGAAACCGGACUUUGUAACAAAACCUGUGUCGUACAUACGUACGUAUACGAGAAUAGAGAGAGCGUACUGUGAAUUCCAAUGAGUCCGUAAUGUACCGUUACCCGUUGCUUCGCGGGUCCCUUCAACAUCUCGCGAGGAUGACGAGAUGCGCGCAGCAGCCGAAAGUCGACGUCGAUGAUCAAACAUCAUAACGAUUGCGAUUCUACGAGACCUCCUGACCUCCCUUAGUACAACGCGAAUUCAAAAAUAUCAUUUAGAAAAUACCGACUGCUUUCCUACAGCAUCCAAUUGCGAAGAGUAAUAUAAUGUUAAUUUAAGAUCGCGUUCUUGAUUGUAUCAAAUUAAACUGUCGACAAUCGCCCGAUUCGUAUCUAAGGAAACAACAAUAAAUUUUGAACGUGGACGUGCGCGCGAUAUACCUAAAUAAAUACUCCUCAUUUUCUUCACAUUUUGUAUUUAUAAUUGUAACAUGCAUUCAUGUAUUUAUAAUUUAUUAUUAGAUUAUUACAUUAUGAAAAAGUUUUGCGUGUAUAAA